AUGGAUGGUGGAAAAUUUUCAAGAACUGCCAUGGAGAUUGGUGGAAAUCUAAAGCUACGGAUUCUCUCGGAGAAGAACGAGAGUUGGGUUGGUUACAUUGAAGAUCCCAGAGACAGAUAUGAUGAAUCCGGUGCAUUAUUCUAUGUUGUAGCUGUAGUUAUGAUAUAUGGUUUAUCUAUUGUUAUGAUGAUAGCCUCCCAUAUCAGAAAAAAUAAGCAAGACAGUCAUCUUCGAAUUUAUUUAAAAGAAAUGGCAGUGUUGAGAAAAAAUGAUCGCCGAGAAAAAAUAAUGGAACAAGUUAACUCAAUCGCCAGUACCUCUUGUAAAAAGUCAAGUUUAAAACUGAAAUCAUCUAAAAAGGACAAAAAUGAUAAGGAGAGCAAAGAACCAUUGAAAGCUACUGAUAGUGAAAAUGACUCAGUAUUUUUGUAUCUUGAUACAUGUAGCACGUAUACACCUUCCCCUUCUCCUCAGCUAGAACCUAAACAAUAUAUUAAAAUACCGUGUAAUGCUUCCCCAUCUCCAACUCCUACCACACCGUCGCCUAAAUUUGAUUAUAAACAAAUCAAAAUACAGAUCACCAACGAAGACAAUCCAUUAUGA